AUGCGUCUCUACCAUUGCACACAGGGGUCACAAAAACAAAACGGAAGAGAGAGACAUCACUGCUGGAUGGUCCAACCUCACCAGGUGAUUGAGAGUCAACAACAGGAUGGUGACCUCAUCAAGCCCAGGAAGCUGCCAAAUCCCAUUGUGGCUUCUCACCAACACAGAGCCCUUCACCAAGAGCUGCUCUUCUGCCACAGACGAGGUCUCCUGCCGAGAAGAAAGCCGGAGCUGCAGUGUGUCCUGGAACACAAACAGAGAGAGCAGCACAAGCAGAAGGAGCUGGCUCUCCAUCCUCCCUCAGACUUGGAGGUGAAGCUUCGCGCAAUGCAGCAGAGAUCACAAGUCUGUGAGCUUGAGGAGAAGAAAAGGAACGAGAGCCUACAGAACGUGCCGGAGUUCGUCCGAGUGAGAGGAACCUUGAAGCACGUCCAAAAUUUGUCAUCAUGACAACUAGAGCAAAUAUGUGCAGUUAGUGUCAUAUCAUCAUCUGCCGCCAUGGCAGACACUGAUGCCAUUUUUUAA